AUGACUGGCGUUCAUCCCAAGAACGACCAAGGUGCGGUCCAUGGCCAGACCAUUGAGCCAGCCCCCAAAGUAGGCUCGACUUCCAAAGCUGCUCCCACGGCGCGCGAGCGCCUCGCAUCUUUGGCUUCCCAUCUGCUACCUCAGGGCCAGACUGAGUUCGACUAUGUCAUCGUGAGUGCAGCGCGGCCACUGGCAGCCGGCUUAGCGCCUCACAUAUCCAUCUCACAUCAUUCUGACGCACUACCUUCACCUCAACCCCAUCUUUCCGAUGCAGGUUGGCGGCGGGUGAGGUAGUCAGGUGUCCCUGCGUCCCACCCUCUGUCUGAUUUUGCGCUGACAAGUUCAUUCCGUUCAUCCUGUGCAGUACCGCUGGUGCUGUUCUAGCCAAUAGGCUCACACAAGACAGCGGUGCGACAGUAGCCGUGAUAGAGGGAGGACCCAGUGAUGUCGGUCUUGACGUGUGAGUGCAUGAAUAAAGUGCAAGGAGCUCUUCAGCGCCCUUAGAGUGCAGGUGAGCUCUGGCUAAAUGCGGUCCUCUCCUUGCCUCAGCGUGCUGGAUCUCUCUCGCUGGCUGGAGCUGCUCGGCUCUGAGCUGGAUUACGACUAUCCAACGACGGAGCAGCCAAGGGGCAACUCGCACAUCAGGCACAGUCGUGCCCGUGUCUUGGGCGGUUGGUGAGUCCCGCUUCCCUUCGGAUUGUUGGGCGAGAGGCGUCGCUCAUGCGCCUGCGGAAAUUGUCUCCUAGCUCGAGCCACAACACGCUCAUCAGCUUCCGGCCAUUCAACGAGGAUCUGGAUCUUUGGGCAAAGGAAUUUGGCUGCCCUUCUUGGGACAGCAAGACAAUACAGCCUUAUGGAGAUCGCCUGAAGCUCAAUACGUUACCUGUCGCUCAUCAACAAAGGAACAAUGUCGUGCGCGACUGGGUUUCCGCUGCAAGCUCAGCGACAGGCGCGCCGGUCAUCGACGAUUUCAACGCCCAAAUCGUUCACAAGGGUGGCUUCUCUUCCGGAGUGGGCUUCUUCAACAUCUCAUACGACCCUCAUAACGGCCAGAGGAGCAGCGCAUCGACCGCCUACCUUCACCCAAUCAUGCCCCACAGCCCGCAGAGACGCAACAACCUGCACCUCUUCCUCGAGACUUGGGCUAGACAUCUAGUCUGGGACGAGCACGAUUCUCUGCGGGCUCGGGGUGUCGCGGUGCGUACCAAGUACGGCCUCGAAAAGACCAUCACUGCAAGGCGCGAGGUCAUCCUGGCAGCCGGUGCUAUCGACACUCCCCGCCUGCUCUUGCUCAGCGGCGUGGGGCCAAAAGCAGAGCUCGAAAACGUUGGCGUGCCAGUCCACCACGAUCUCCCGGGAGUCGGGGAAAAUCUAGUGGAUCACCCUGAAAGCAUCUGGAUGGCGGAGACCCGGCACACUCCGCCAGAGACAGUCAUGAGCUCCGAUGCGGGUCUCUUUUUGAGGAUCUUCCCCUCGUCGGCUGAGCCAUGGAAGGCUAUGGAGCAGGAGAUGAGCAAGAUCCCUGACCUCAUGUUUCACGUAAGCUUGCACAGAGUCAGCCGUCGCCAGCAACUAGCACCCUCAUGAUGCCUUUCCCACCAACGACAGAUAUAUCAAGUGCCCUUUGCGGACAACACAGAACGCAUGGGGUGAGUCCUCUGGCCGGAUCCGGUGGUCGACAUCUGGUCGAGCUGACUUGGCAGUGCCUGAAUCGCGUCACCAGAUACGAGCGUCCAAAGAAUGCGAUCUGCAUGACGCCCAACAUCCCACGUUCUCAGGCCAAGGGCAAGUUGAGUUUAGCUUCCAACAAUCCUGCCGAGAAACCGCUUUUGAACUUCCGGUACUUUGAGGAUGCCAAUGAUUACGACGCAAAGGUCCUCGUUCAAGGAAUUCAUCUGGCACGCAAGAUCGCAAAUAGUGCGCCCUUCUCCCAACACAUCGUCAAGGAAGUGGCACCUGGACCUAACGUAGAGACUGAUGAGGAGAUUAGCGAGUACGCACGACGCGCAGCACAUACCGUGUACCACCCAGCAGGUAAGAUGCGCGUGGUAGGCCUGUGGCAAUUGGGUUGUAGCGCUCACACCUAAGCCCAUUUCGCAGGAACCUGUCGAAUGGGCACGCCAUCCACGACCGACCCACUCGUAGUUGUCAACGAGGCUGAUCUAAGAGUGGUAGGCUUGAAAGGCUUGCGUGUAUGCGACGCCAGCCUCAUGCCUUUGUUGCCCACGGUCAACCCGAUGAUCACAGUGCUCAUGAUGGCAGAACGAGCCUCCGAUCUUAUCAACAACGACGCUUGGCUUCAAGGGUACCGAAAGACUACCUGGUAAGAACGAUGUGCAUUGGAAUUGACUGUAUGUAGGGUAGAAGCUGUCUAAUGUCACUCAGGAUUUGGACUAGAGAAGUGUGA